ACCACUACUCCAAGCUACUGCUCUUUGCUGCUUCUCUCCUCUCUUCGGUACAGUUUUUAUUCAUAGUACACAGGGUGGACGGUCCAGCGUUCAGAGUUUGAGCCGCACCACGGACUCAUAAUAUCGUUAUGCCCGGUCCCUGAUCCACCAACCCUUCAACGUCAACUGCGCCUUCGCACCUCUGUGCGCUCAUACGUUAUGGACGACCUAAUUCAACACUGUCUCCGAGAGUUGUCUUAUGAUGGUGACCUUGGUUGUGAUAUUUCAAGGCUGCGAGAGUCCAUCGAACUCUUCUAUACCUAUCGCGGCUCGACGUCUGGACAGAAGAUCGAUGAUGCAUACUGCGCCUUCACAUGGUCUGUCCUCGUCAAGCAGCCGAACGUACGAGUAGGCGUGGUUCCGGAAGGAUCUGGCGCAGAAGUAUAUAUAGCCCCACAAAACAGCGCGAAGAGGAAGGCCAGGGCAAAAGGCGAGGAGAUGGCUGAAGCCGCACCGGCAGUCCUCGAGAUUAUCCCGGACGCAGCGAUUCGGCCUGUGGAACAACUCAGAAAGGAGUAUGGCGACAAGCUGAGAGUUGCCGUCGACCUAGACACCAUCUUCAGGGCCCUAACUGGAUCGCACAUCCGCGAUUCGAAGCUCAGCCCUAUGGUCUACACCGCUCUGCAGCUCAUCUCGCGCGGACACGAGGCUGGCAUAAGCAGCAUAGACCUCGCAAGGAAGUCUGGUUAUGAUCCCAAGACGUGCCACUAUCUUGUCAAACAGCUCCUUUCGCUGAAUCUGGUGGUUAAGCGCGGCAAGACAAGUGUUAGCAGCAGCACAAUAGUACACAGAGACUUGUUCAAUCGCGACGCGACAUGGCAGAAUAUCGUGGUUGAAGAGAACCAGGUACGGGAGGCACCAACACGGAAGAUCGAUGAUGAGGGAUUAGACGACGAAGACGACGAGGGAAAUUCGGAAUUCAGUCUAGGUUCGAUCGUGCAAUUCGACCCCAUUGAUGAACGGCACCUGUCCAGUUUGGACCUCAUGCGUGGACGUCUCGUUACACUGCUUCAAAACUCACCACAUGGUCUGCAUGCCGCCAAUAACCUGCUACCCAAAUUGGGCUUCGCGAACCCUACCAAACGCAAUCGACGGUUUUUUAUCGCCCGCUGCGUCAAUGAACUCAUCAGACAACGUGUCAUUGAGAAAGUCAGGGUUCCCGGACGAAACCAAAGGCUGGUGACAUGUUUCCACUUGUUGGAUGACGACUCGGACCAGCAGCCGGUUCAGGCUGGUCAGCCACCGGACAAGGACAUGGGAGCCGAGAUGGAAGGAGUCGGAACGCUCACAGUGAAUUUCACGCUUCACAGGCAGAUCAUCGAUCUCUUAGAUCGGUCUGGUGACAAGGGUAUGACACUUGGGGACCUUUGUGGAGCACUCGGUGACUUCGACCGACGCACUGUCGAGCUGCUUCUUGAACAUCUUCAUGCUAAUGCUCCACCUCAACAUCUCGCUGACCUCGGCAUUGCGCACGGCAUUGAAAACAAUGGUCGCGAACGGCGCUACAGAUACUGGACGGUCGCCCACUAUCGUACUAUGGCCGCCAAAGAAGACUUCAAGGAACACUCACACGCCAACGUUGACCUCGCUGCGACAGGAGGCUUCAUGAGUCUCAGCGAGACCCAGUUCUAUGACGACGAAGCCAGUCACAAUGUCUACGUCGACGGCCUCAGAGGUCACCCCGCUAACACCUCGGGUCCUGGUAAGGCGAAGAGGCCGCAUAAGAAUCCGAUUCUCCCGGACGGCACUAUAAAACGAGGAAGACCACGCAAGUAUGCUGCUGCUCCAGGGGCCGAGUUGGAAAGCGCUGCGAAGGUGACUGGUGUACGAGGGAGGAAGAGGAAGAAAGGGGACGACGUGGGCGAGGAACCAAGCAUUCAAGUGUCCGACGAGCCACCCCCCAAGCGGAAGCGGGGCCGACCUCCAAAGCGGCAGCAACAGGCAAUGACCGAGUCGUCGUCUGUUGUGGCAGAGGGCUCCCUGGAUGACGCUGUCGCCGCGUCUGUUUCGGUACCAUCGAGCAGUCUGCAAGAGCAGCCAUCCGCGACGAAACGUGGUCGUGGGCCAAAUCGCAAAAAGUCCGUAGUCGCUGAAGCCGAAGCCGCUUUGACUGCUCAUACGGACAGCACUGUCGUGACACCAUCGGUGCCAAGAAAGCGAGGUCGUCCGCGUAAACAGCCCCUACCAGCCGUUAGUGCUGACGCGGCCUUGGCGCCAGAACAAGCUACCGAGGAGGCCGAAAGACAGCCUUCGCCUGGCAGGAAUGUAUCCCUAGACUCCUUACGCCCGAGUACUGGGCCUCCUUCGCAGUCGACUAGUCAAGCAGCCGAGAAUGCGAUGGGACCCGGCGCAGACCAGCACCAAAGCGAAGACCUCUUGGGCGAUGUCUCAAGUGGCGCACAGAGUGCAUCAGCGGCGGACGCCCUCACCGCUAGCAUCGACGUGGUAUCCCCAUGUAUUCUUGGUGAUCAGAUCUCUCCCCAUCCCGUCCACAAUACGACUAUGAGCGAAGGUUGCGCAGAAGAAAACUCCGCUGUUGCGUUUCGACUAGCUGAUGGGCCAGAAGUGAUGCUGGAUGGGAGGAAUAAUCCUGUGCCGGAGCUCAUGAACGUGGAUCUCGCCACUACGGAAGCUCCAUCUGGACUGCAGAUUCCUGCCAGCUCUUUGCCGUCAGCGCGCACAGACGUGUCGCCCGACAGCAUGCAAAACGCUUCGCAGAUUCCCAUUGAUCCUGCGCUUCUUGCGGAAAGCAUCGCAGGCAAGGCCCCUCCUGUGGACGGGAGGCAACUUAUGCUGAUGGGACCAAUGGAACCUGUGGUAACGAACUCUGACCCAGAUAAUGCCACAUCCAAGCGGGCAGAGGCUGACUCUGCGAUGCAAGCACCGCCAGCCAAACGCCUGAAGUCAAGUAGCGGUCCCGACGAUGCUGACCGCAGCGGUCAUUUGAAGACGAGGCUCAUGCAAGCUCGUCGUGAAAGGGAAUUACUCCGCGUCGUUACGGAGGCUAGCGGAAUAAUAAACGUCAGCUCCAAAGACUUCUAUGAAGCGCACGCCGUUUGUACCCGUGUUGGAUCGCGGAUGGACAAGCGUACCGUCGAUGCAACGCUGAAGGAUCUCGAUGCUCGCGGGAAGAUCAAGCUCAUUACUACGUCUGUCAGGAUAUCUACAGGCGCCACUCGGCCUGUUCGCAUUGCUUACCUGCCAGAACAGUUCCCUCCUGCCGCUCCGAUCAAGACUUUAGAAGAGCCUCUUGUUUACGGAGGAGCGAGACGCCAGACGACACGGAGCCCAUCCGUCGCGAACGCAUUGACACGGGAUGUAGUGCUCCCAACUAAUGGGAAGGAUUCCCGAGCGAGCCGCGAUCCUCUCCAAGACACCAUCCUGAACGACAAGAAUACUAUAGCCCAGUCGCAUGGCUUCGUCGUUGGCAGACUCGCCCGAGCCCGAGCUUUGCACCUCUGGAUGACCGACUUCUUACAAACGUGUUCACCCAGUGUCAACGUGGUAUCGGUGCGAGAACGAGUCGUCUCCUUCUCGCUCUUUUUGAACGACCUGCCCAUUUCCACCUACUGCGCCAUCGUAUCUUUGCAGGUUUCGAGCGAAGAACUGGACCAGCUCCUACGCUCACGGGAGGGCGCGCUUACACCAGUAGGGCGAGUCUCAACUACAAUUCGCGACACUCUGCAGAUAGGGCGUUGGAGAUCUCGAGACCGGUUACUGGAUACCCUGGAGGUCCUCACCCGAUUGAAGGUCGUGGAUCCUCUCCUUCCCUCACAUUCCGUAACACCCGCCAUUACGGUUGACGCCUCUGUGGAACACCCUUUUUUGUUCGACGUUGCUCCCGUAGAGUCGUGGUCGCCGCUCACGGCUCCUGCCUACUUUCGUCUCAAUUCAUCGGCUCCUCUGCAUCUCUGGGCCCUAUCAGAAGACUCGCCGCCGUUUUGGAAGGACGUGCCAGUCUUUCCUAUCUCAGAGUGUGACGAGUACUGGCGUCAGCUGCGCAUCGUUUCUCAAGACAAGGACGCUGCAACGCAGAUCUCCGCUAUGAAGCUGGGAGGGCCGCUGACAGGGACUCACGAACUCGCCAGAGUGCUUCGUCGUCCGUCAUCUUGGAGUGAUGCUUAUGUUCUCUCUGCGAACCAGGAGACUUUACUGAAACAACAUAUGAAUUUGGCAAGCGGUGACACGCCACUGCAGGAUCAAGACAGGGCACGUCUGGAUAGCCUGUGUGCCACGAUCUUCGCCCCCAUCGAAGUCGUCAUUCGGUUUUACGAGAACAUACGCAACAAGGUCCUGAACGAGAAGGAGAAGAUGGCGAAGAAAGCGGAACGCAAGGUGCAAGAGGCAAAGGUUAGGGAGGCCCAAUCCAAAAGCAUGAUGGCGCAUAGGGCUGCCGAAGCUAAAGCGCAGCGAGAACAAGAUUGGGAGGACAUGGUCGCCAAUGUUCAUCCAGGACCCCUCACAGAUUCAGCAGCUGCCAGAAUCCGUCGGCUUCGCACACGAUUCCUACAGAGCCCAGGGAAGAACCGCGAGAAGUGGGAGGAUGAGAUUGAACAAGCAAUACAGGAAUCGAUCCUCGCCGCUAACAAGAUCCUGGGUGCCAAUAAAGCGUCGCUCGUGAGGCCAACGGCCGCCCCUGCCCCGCUGCCGCCCGUCGUAGCAGCGGUUCCUGAAAAGUCCGUCAGGGAACUCAUAGCAUCUCAAGGUCCCAGGCUCGCCCCCCGACAACCUGUCAGGAAGUCAAAGAAAGGAGCCAAAGACGAUAGUGCACCGUCGGAGCCUGCUCGAAGACAUAGGUUUCAAUGGAACAGAGAUUACGACGAAUUAGCCCGGGAUGCUUCUGCGAUCGUCAGAGCUCGGUGCCGUGGACACCACAGGAUCGAUCUCGGCGCGUUGACCCAGGCUUUCCCGGCAGUCCCGAAAAACUCAGUUCGACAGCGUAUUGUCCAUCUCAGAGAUUCGCCUGGCGCCGAUACGUACCUUCAACGGCUGGAAGACAAGUGGUAUGAUGUCUGGAUUAAGCACCGGGGCACGGAUGCGCUACCUGACGACGAUCCCGCAAGUCCGAGCAACUUCGACAUGAUCGUGCACCUGGAAUUUCUACGCAACAUGUCGACAAGAACGCCCUGUGUGCGUGUUGGUUUCGUGGAGUUGAGUCAAGACGCAAACUUUGCGCUUCCCCACAACACAAGCCAGUUGACUUCGCUGUGGGACAUUCAGGAGAAGCCUGUUGCAGCUCCUCCGUUUGACUUCGUGUGGAGUGGCUCUGCGGAGGAGGGGCGUGAGAAGCAGCUGGCAAUGCAUGCGUUAACGACGGGUUUGCGGGAGUUACCGUCUGUCGCUGAAUAUGAUUCCGACAACCUGUAUGUUGCAGAUGCUGCGAUGAAGAUGGUGUUAAGCACACCCGCUGAGCUCUAUGAUAUACAAGCGGCCACUGCAUUGCUUCAGUGUGUCGGUGAGGACUCCGUCAAGGCCGCAACGAAGACCAUGCUCGAAAGAGGGAUACUCUCGAAAAUUGUGCGAGAUCCUUCCAAGAGUAGGCCAGGACGGACAUUCAAAAUCUCAGACAGCAAUCAGAAUGCCAUCGGUGGCUCUGUCCCGCAGGAUGUCUUUCACGACGCCUUCGCGCUGGAAGACGUUCUUGGUCAGGACGAGGACGAGGACGCCUGGCGAGAGUGGUCACUGUUAUCUAGUGAUGGGGACAUGGCGGCACUGCUGGACCUGGUUUCUAGCAACAAGAUUGAGUUCAAGGUGGACACCUCGAAUCCGCAGACAAGACGGCCGACCUUUGACUGGAACAGCAAGAAAGCUGAUGAUGAUGACAUAGAGACGGGUAUCAUGGUCCGUAUUACGGAACAGGUAGAAGAGACAACGGCAGCAGCUGCUGUGGUCGAUGCAGCCAAGACCCAGUCAGAUGCAGCGGUCCCACAUAUGCAAGAUGCAGACCCAGAGAUUCCUAUUGAUCCAGCGUUGACGGAGGGUCUCUUGACGUCGGGCCAAUCGCAUGACACUCAGCACGGCAAAAGCUGGGACGGGAGCACUGCGUUUUGUCGACAAGGCACGCCCGGAUUAGUUGACUGUCAAGCUUGUGUGCAAGCUGCGAAGUCAAAUCUGCUGCGAACUGUCACUGACAAGGAGGCAGAAGAGGCGAAUCGUGUGCUCGACGAAUUGCAGAUUGCUGCAGCAGAGGGCCUUGAGAAACGUCACGUCAUGGAAUUAGUCCGAGAAGGAUCGAGUAGUCCCGCGCUAGCUGCAAUUACAAGAAUCACGAACGGCGAGACACCGCUUGCUUACUGGACCGGGUAUAGCUCUGUAGUUCUCGUCGCGGCGGAACACAUAAGGCCAUGGGCGGUCUGCGUCUCACAGGAAGGCGAUAGGAAGGCGAUGAUGCAGCCCCGAAGGUGGCUCGAUGUCGCCGGACAGAAGAUAGGUGAAGUCUGGGAGGCUGCCCUGAGAGCUGUCAUUGGUGUGGUUCUGUUCCGCCCAGGCAUAACUCAGGCGGAGAUUCGCUGGAGGCUGAGAUCUGUGUAUGACCGACAAGAGGUCACUGAUGUAUUACGGUAUCUCAUGGAACAUGGCUACAUCGAACGACGAGUCGACGCGAACGUAGGGCAAGGCAUGGAAGUGGGUCUGCUAGAUAAUGAAGAAGAAGAGCAUGUGUUUUGGUUCAUCGGUGGAGAGAAGCAUUGGUAUGACAUGUAGCGAAGUCUCUUUGUAUCGUAUAGUGUGCUGUAGCAUACGCACUGGUAUAUCGAUAGCUCACUAUGCAGCAUAUGUACGCGUUCACUUGGAUUUGACGAUGGCUAUGCGUGUCUCUGAAUAGCAAGAAUAUCAUUGGGCGAUGUGUUGGCUGCGGACUGCUGUUGGACGUCGAAAGCGUCGCGACGUCGAGGAUUGGCGGUGCAG